CCAAAGCCUCGGAAUCGAUUCUUUUUCGGAUACGAGGAUUUUAAGCUGCUGUUGCUGCACCUAGUUUUCCAAUAUAACAUAUCUAUUCCGUUUUCUACACCGUUUGCAUCUGUCUGCACAAACAGACAGCGUCUCUCACCUCCUCCCGGCUCCCAGUAAACAUGGCAGAUCGAGAGUACUUGGUUUACCAGGCUAAACUAGCAGAACAAGCCGAGAGAUACGAUGAAAUGGUGGAGUCCAUGAAGAGCGUCGCAGGAAAGGACACCGAGCUGACCGUAGAGGAGAGAAACCUGUUAUCGGUGGCGUAUAAGAACGUGAUCGGCGCUCGACGAGCCUCCUGGAGGAUCAUCAGCAGCAUCGAGCAGAAAGAGGAGAGCAAGGGAGGAGAGGGCAAGCUCAAGAUGAUCCGGGAAUACAGACAAGCGGUUGAGAAUGAGCUGAAAUCUGUUUGCAGUGACAUACUGGAUGUCCUGGACAAACACCUCAUUCCUGCCGCCAACACGGGAGAAUCCAAAGUCUUCUACUACAAAAUGAAAGGAGACUACGACAGGUACCUAGCAGAGUUUGCCACAGGUAAUGACAGGAAGGAAGCAGCGGAGAACAGUCUGGUGGCGUAUAAAGCUGCCAGUGACAUCGCCAUGAUUGAGCUCCCGCCCACACAUCCCAUCCGGCUCGGACUCGCUCUCAACUUCUCUGUCUUCUACUACGAGAUCCUGAACUCCCCCGACCGCGCCUGCAGGUUGGCGAAGGCGGCGUUUGACGAUGCGAUCGCGGAGCUGGACACGCUGAGUGAGGACAGUUACAAGGACUCGACGCUCAUCAUGCAGCUGUUACGGGACAACCUGACACUCUGGACCUCAGACACACAGGGAGACGGUGAAGAACAAACUAAAGCAGCGCCUCCAGAUGCUGAGGAAGAAAAGCAGUGAGAAGUGACGGCCAACACGCUAAACUCCCUUCUCUCCAUCCAUCUCUCUCUCUCUCUCAGCGUCUCUCGUGUGUCCCUGUCUCUCAGGGAAGCUCAUGAUGUCAUCGAGAAGAGAUCAGAUGCUGUCUAUCACUUCAUCUUUCUCCCCUCUCUCUCUCUCGCUCGUUAUAUCAUCGCUUUGCUCUCUGAUCGUCUACACUGGUUCGGAAUAAUUACGACUAGAAAAGAUCUCUUCAGCUCCCCAGGGCUACAUUUGUUUAAUAAAAAUACUUUAAAAACAGUAAAAUGGUGAAAUAUCAGUAAGAUUUAGAUGACUGGUUUCUAUUGUAAUAUGUUUUUAAAAUAUCUUGUUUUUUUCAGCAUCAUUAUUCCAGUCUUCAGUGUCACAUGAUCUUCAGAAAUUCAGAAAUGUUCUCAUUUAUUGGUGCCCAAGGAUGCAUUAAAUUGCUCAUAAAUGCUGUUAUUUUGAAAUUCCUGUUCAUAAAAGAUUUUAGAAAAUAAAAAAGGGGUUUCCUCAUAAAUAUUAAGCAAAAAAACAACAUUGACAAUGACCAUUAUUAAUAACUGAGCACCAGUAAUAUUUGAGCAGCAGAUCUGCGCAUUAGAAUGUUUUUGAAGGAUCAUGUGACACAGAAAUACAUCACAUUUUAAAACAUAUUCAAUUAAAUUGUAAUAUUUCUCAGUGUUACAGUUUUUACUAUACUUCUCAUCAAACAAACGCUCGUUAAGCUUGAGAGAUUUAAAUAAUCUGAAUUAUUCCAAACGUUUGACCGGUAGUGUAUAUUUUUGGGGUUUAGGGUUUUAUUUUUAUUUUAGUCAUAUUUUUUUCUUAAGUGUUUUUUAACUAACUAUUCACUUCGAUCUUGUAUGAUUAUAUGAGGCCAGAACGGAGAGUUUUCCUCUGUAAGGUGUUAGGUUUAUUCCCUGUUACAAGAUUCCUGAGAAUCACACUUUUAUUACGUAAGCUUGCGUUUGCAUAUUUCUUCAUCAGUGUUGUUCAGCUCAGUGGCCAGGAACGGAGGAAUUUAUUUUUAUGUUCUUGAAAAGUAGAAACGCAAGCCAUUUAUCAUAAACGUACCAUCCUUAAAUGCAAAGUGUUUAUAUACAUAUAUAAAAUGUAAUUUUUUUUGUCAGCAGGUUCUCUGUAUGUGGUAGUGUGUGAUGUGGUCUGUGACAAUGGGUCAAUAACUAUAACACUUUUCAAGCUUUUAGGAAAUUAAUGCAAACCUCGCCUCACUGUUAUUCAAAAAAAUAUUGCUAUAGAGCCAUAAAUAGGAUGGCUUUUUUUCUCAAGAUCAGAUGCAAAACAAGCACGAUGCAUUAGUUUUCCUUCAAGUGAGUAUGAAGUGUAACUCUAGUUAGGGAUUUUGGUCACACUUUACCAAAACAUUUGUUAACAUUAUUUAAUUAUAUGAGUUAACAAUAUUUAAAGAAUAUUAAUUAAUCUUAGUUCAAUUUUAACAGUUAUACAUUUGUCGUUUACUACCGGUAAAUGCUUUAAAAUUUGAUCACACUAUUUUAAGGUGUCCUUAUCAUACUGUUAUUAUGCAAUUAAGUACUGUGUAAUAUUAAUUAACAUUUACUUUAGAAUUUUAGGUCCGUUUCUUUUUAAUUUGAUACAGUAAGUACAGUAAUGUGCAACAAGGACACUGUAAAGUUAAGCAAGUUACCAAAUAUUCUGCUGAUUGCUAGUUCAACUUCGUUAAUGCAUUAAUGUUAACAAAUGAGACUUUGUGAAGUGUUACCAGGAUUUGUUUGUGUAUCUUCUCUGGGUCUGACUCUUUCUCUCUUCUGUCAGCAUCCUCAUGUAUUUCUUCUGUUUCUUCAGUACGUGUAACUUGAAUCUGAUUUGUACAACUAUUCGUUCUGCCUGAAGCCAACAAGCACCUGGAAACACCGCAUGGGAUCCACUCCACCGUUCAGAUAAACCAAGACUAAAUAAAUGAACUAAUAAAACACUAUCUUUACCUUUC